GGGCAGUGCUGGGAGGCUUGGUGUCCAGUUGCUAAGGGAAGGGAGGGAGGCUGACAACCGCCGUAACUAGGUGUGCGGGGCACAACAAGCAGCCUCCAGCAGACCUGGGCCGGAUCGGCAAGGGGCCGUGGUGUGAUGUCAGGCCUCGGCCGCAGCCUCAGGCUGGCCCCACAGAGGGGGUCUGGGGUCUCCCCCGUGGCUUCUGAGGCGGGUCCCUAGCGAGAGGUCCCGGCGCCAGCUUUUUUAUUUUGUGUGUGGGGAGAGGAAACCCCUCCCGCCCCCACGCGCCCUGCUCCAGCAGUCAACCCAGCAGCAGGGUUUUGGAGGGCAAAGCCGUGAGGAAAAGCCCCGACAGCAUGUCGCAUUUCACUUAUAAUAAAAUGUGGGCAGAAGCCCAAGAAUCCCUCAACAGCCUGCUUCAGAGGGAGAUAGAAGAUAAGCUUCCAAAGCCACAGAAGGAUCGUGUAACAGUGUUCCAGACUCUAGCCACUUUCUACAUCAAAUAUGUGCAAAUUUUCCGUAACUUGGAGACUGCUUACGACCAAAUCGUUCACCCGCAAAAACGGUUAGUGAUUCGGCAAGUACUGGAGGGCGUGAUGGGCCGUAUCCUGGAGCUGAAGAAUGAAAUGGUGGUGCUGGAGAACUCAGAGUUUCAUUACUUUGAUGACAUCCUGCAAGAUCUUAAGCUGUCUCCGGAACACAUAGAGAUCCCUAUUCCAAGGUAUUUUCUAAAGGAGAAGCUGAAGGUGCUGAGAGAGAGGGAGAAAAUCCUGGCUCAGAUCUUAAUUAAUGCUGGAUUACAAGAUAUCGAACUGAAGAAAUACGUAAAGCCCUUGCCUCUCGAAGAAGUCAUUAGAGUAAUCCAGAUUUCGGAGAGGGCCCGCCAGGGUCGCCUAAGGGCUUCAUUCAUGAAGCAAAUCUACCUGGAAGAAAAGAGAGAGAGACAGGCCAGACUCCAGGGAGGAAAAGGUCCAGAUUUGGAGGCUGCUGCACUUCUUAUUCAAAAGGUUUGGCGUGGAUUUACGCAGUGGAAGAAUACAGUGAAAAUGAGAGAGGAGGAAAUGAUAUUUCUGGGGAUGAACCUACCUCCUCAGUUCCAAAGGGUUAAUGCUUCAGUAGCACGUGCCCAGAAUGUGGAAGCCAAGCGGUGUGAGAUCCAGGGAAAGCAUGAGACCGCGUACCAGAAAGCUCUGGUAUCCAUGAAGACCCAUCUGAGAGAAAUGGAAGGUCCUGACAUCAAGGAAAGUCUGCAGGAGCAGAUCCGCCAGUGGUUCAUUGAGUGCCGGCAUAUUACAGGCAAGUUUCCUGACUACCCUAAUAAAGAGGAGGGAGGUUCAACUGCUAUUUUUUCUGACAAAACUCCAGAACAGGUCCUAGCUGAGCUAGCUGCGAAAGAAGAAGAAGCAGCCCUAAAGAAAACAUCCAAAGAGAAGGGGAAGAAAGAGAAAGGGAAAAAGAAAAAGAAAAAGAAAGGGAAAGAAAAGGGGAAAGGAAAAGAAAAACCAGGAAGCAAGGAUACCGAAGAAGGGGAGGGCUGGAAAAUGGCUCCGAGUAAUUUUCUUCCCAUAAUGGAGGAAGGAAACAACCAAUAUAAAGAUGUUUGGCAGAACAGAGAUGAGCAGUGGAAUUUCUCCCAGGAGUAUGACCCAGAACUGGUCAAAGAGGAGAAGCGGAAAGAAGUGGAGGAGGAGAUCAGACUGCAGGUGGAUGAGCUGAUGCGACAGGAACUGAAGAAUCUGAAACUGGCAGUGGACAGAGAGAAGGACAAAAACCAGAAAACGGGGAAAAAAGGGAAAAAAGGUGGAAAGAAGAAAAAGAAAAAAGGAAAGAAAAGUGGAAAGAAGAAAAAGGAGAAGGAUUUGACUCCUGACAGGACCAUUGAUUCUCUGUACAAGGAACUAGUAGAAGAAGGAUUACUAAUAAAGCCCAAGACAGUGAAACUCUCUGAUUACGUUGGCGAAUACAGCUAUCUGGGGACCACACUUCGUCAGGUAGAUAUAGAGCCAAUGCCCUCUCUCACAGAUGUCAGACAGCUAAUCGCACUGUAUGGAAUAUUGCCAUUAGGUUCUCAAGCAGUGCAUGAGAAGGCUCCUUUGGUGAAAACUCUAUUGCUAGCUGGCCCCACCGGAGUAGGAAAGAAAAUGCUAGUGCAUGCCCUCUGCACGGAAACGGGAGCCAAUCUCUUCAAUUUGUCUGCUUCUAACAUUGCUGGGAAAUAUCCGGGCAAGAGUGGUCUACAAAUGAUGCUCCACAUGGUGUUCAAGGUGGCUAAGCAGCUCCAGCCUUCUGUCAUCUGGAUUGGAGACACAGAAAAAACAUUCUACAAAAGAGUGCCCAAGUCUGAAAAAGAGAUGGAACCCAAACGUCUGAAGAAGAAUCUCCCCAAGAUCCUGAAGAAUGUGAAAGCCGAGGACAGAGUCCUGAUUGUGGGUACUACCCGACGGCCCUUUGACGCCGACCUCCGACCUUUCUGCAGAGUUUACCAGAAAAUCAUUCUAAUUCCCAGGCCAGACUAUGCGUCGAGAUUUGUCUUAUGGAAACACAUCAUCCAGCAGAAUGGCGGAGCAGUCACCAAAUCAUUGAACAUCAGCUGCCUGGCAAAGGUUUCCGAUGGGUUCACCCAGGGCCACAUCAUCUAUGCCGUGCAAACCAUCCUCAGUGAGCGACGCCUCCGGCAGAUGAAUCACAAGCCGCUGAUAGCCGCUGAGUUCCUGAGCUCCCUUGCCAGGCAGGAUCCAGUGUACCAAGAGGAAGAAGAAACGUACAAGGUUUGGUAUGCCAAGACACCCCUGGGGAAAGCUCGAGCCCGAGAACUGAUGGUAGGCGAGGAAGUCGAACAAGGGAAAGGAAAAGGGAAAGGAAAAGGAAAAGAGAAAGGGAAAAAGAAGGAAGGAAAGAAAGGGAAAAAGAAGAAGAAGUAAUGUAUUUCCUUGAGAAGGUCUCACCUGGCAAUACAUCCCAGGAAACUUCUUGAUUCAUCCCUGUGAAGAGGGAAGUGUAUAUCUGUGUGUUCCAUGAAAUCACAGCUGCCAACAGGACGAGACACCAGUGUGACAUUUAAUUCCCAAGAGAUGACUAGCGAAUGACCACUGACUUUCUCAAGUUUCUAAAAGCUUUUAAAAGUUACUUAGGACUUAUACCAUUCAUGUCGUAGGCAAAACUUCUUACUGAUUUUAAUGAGGAAUUUUGCUUAAACCCUGAUGUUGUGUUAAGAGCCUUUGAUUAUUUUUAUUUUAAUAACUUAGAUGCUUUAUGACUUAGAUGUUUAUAAAACUAACUGCUUUCUGUACCUGUAUGUCUAGUGUAUUAUAAUUCUAAAUAAACUUGUUACAAAG